AUGGACGAACACGAGAAAGAUGAUAUCGCCCAGGGCCCAUCAAACAGCGCCCUCGGCCAGUUCUCUUUCGCCCCAACCACCCGCACCACCGUCGUGACCACCACCACCACAACCACCACUGCAUUCCCUCCUCUCAUUUUCCGACCGCCACGCGCCACCAAGGAUCUGGAUACCCGGCAAUAUCCCCUCGCCGCCUCACCCACCCCGGCCGCUUUGAGAAACCUCAGGUUCAAGAUCGGCGAUCAGUCCAUUGUAUUCAACGAGCCAGAAGAUACCAACGCGACUGCAACCGAAUUGAGAGAAAAGAAUGAGGCCCUACAAUCUUCCAACGGCCUGAUCCGCUCAAUCAACUCCUUCAGCUCCGAGGAUAAUGGCGUACCGCGACGCCUCGCUCCUCCACGAUCCGUGACUCGGCUUCGUCAGCCCAACCCCCAAAAUCGACCCGUCUCUCCCGUCUCUAUUCCAGAUCCCCGCCCGGCGAUUUUGCCUCGUACCCGCGCACCUCGAAAUCUUUCCGAGCCUGUUGCACGGCGCACUCGUCAUAGUGCCGCGACUCAUCUUUCACCGGCUGGUCUGGCCACCCCGGAUGCUGAACACAACCCCAGUAGUCUCGAGGAAGGCCCGGCCCCGAGACAAAGAAUGCACAGCGUGACCAUCCCUAGGAAAGAAACACUGCUGAAGUCUCCCCUCUCCGCCGAUGCUGGGCCCUCAAGUACUUUGCAACGCCCUAGUCUAACGUCAGUACCGUCAACUCAGACCGAUACCAGUGGGAAUAAUGUAUCAGAGCCGUCUCCCUUUGAGCAACCCUCUUUCGGUGGCUCUUCUGGGGACAUCUCUCAGCGGAGAUCGGAACCCCCAUCACAGCUAUCGGCUAUUGAUAGUGCGAUGGCUCAAGAUAUGUGCUUGCCCAGUCCAAGUCUGUCACCGGUGACCGCCAUGAACGCUCUGCAUGGAGAAUCUUCUUUCGAUUCCGAAGAUACGGAUUCGAGCCUAGACCACAAUCUUCCCCGCCAGACGAAAGCGAUGCGUCUUUCUGGAAUCGAUCCUUAUUCUAACGACCCUUCGAUGUUCUCGUCUCGGUCUCCGUCAUCUCUUAUGGAUAUGCCCAAGGUGUUGGAAUUCUUUGACACCGUGCCCGAAGAGCUGAAAACAUAUAUGAUGUAUCAGUUUCUUCGACGUUGCCCUAAGCCCACGCUCCACUUCGUGGCCGAUGUGGUGAAUCCAACCCUCAAGUGCGACUUCCUCGCUCUCCUUCCCCUGGAGCUCAGCCUGAAUAUUGUCAAGUACUUUGAUGUACAGACAAUGUGUCGUGCCGCCCAGGUCUCCAAGAGAUGGCGCCAUAUCAUCAAUUCCGAUGAAAAGACUUGGAAAGAACUUUUGGACCAAGAUGGGUUCGUUCUUUCGGAAGGCGAGCUAGAGCGAGCUAUUCGCGAAGGAUGGGGAUGGCAGUGCAGCAGUCCAGAUGAUUUCGAAAGAGACCUCAGUCUCCUGACCUCCUCCAAGGGGGAGCAGGAGAUGUCCCCGGUCGCUUCUUCGUCGACUGUUGUUGACAGAGCGCCUCUGUCAUCUUUGGCACUAAACAGACGACCCAAGCGGAAAGCCAAUACCCGCGCGUCGAGUCGGAAGUUGUCAAAGCGAAAAAUUUCUUCCAGUGGAACGGAUCAUUCCGAGCCUGACUGGAAGAGAGAGAUCGCUUCCUCCGAGGCUCCUUAUGCUGCAGCAAAUGCUGCCGCGGCUGCCAUCCCGUACCCCGAAGUUGGUCUUCCGGCGCUCCGAGGCUUGUAUCUCUACAAAGCCCUCUACCGUCGGCAUCAUGCUAUCCGCAGAGGUUGGAUGAAACCAGCGGUCAAGCCUCAACACAUUGCCUUCCGCGCCCACGAUCGUCACGUUGUUACUUGCUUGCAGUUUGAUACGGACAAGAUUCUUACGGGCAGCGAUGAUACGAACAUUAAUGUGUACGAUACCAAGACCGGAGCUCUGAAGGCCACACUCGAGGGCCAUGAAGGUGGUGUUUGGGCACUCGAGUAUCAUGGCAAUACCUUAGUCUCCGGGUCCACAGAUCGUUCUGUGCGAGUUUGGGACAUCGAGCACGCUCGAUGCACUCAGGUUUUCCAUGGCCACACCUCGACCGUGCGUUGCCUUCAAAUUGUCCUUCCCACCGAGAUAGGUAAAGAUGCGAACGGCGAGCCUGAAAUCAUGCCCAAGACUCCAUUGAUCAUUACUGGAUCUCGUGAUUCGAACUUGCGAGUGUGGAAGCUUCCCAAACAAGGCGAUCCGUCCUAUUACCCGAGUGGGCCGGUACUGGACGACACGGAUUGCCCUUACUUCCUUCGCGUGCUCUCUGGUCACACCCACUCCGUUCGAGCAAUCGCAGCUCAUGGUGAUACUUUGGUCAGCGGAAGUUACGAUUGCACCGUCAGAGUGUGGAAGAUUUCCACUGGGCAAGUCUUGUAUACCUUGCAAGGCCACUCAAUGAAGGUGUACAGCGUGGUGCUAGAUCCAAAGCGAAACCGCUGCAUCAGUGGUGCGAUGGACCACAUGGUAAAGGUGUGGUCCCUGGAUGAUGGCUCUUUGCUCUACAAUCUUGAAGGCCACACCUCUCUCGUCGGUCUUCUUGCUUUACAAAAUGACUACCUCGUCUCGGCCGCCGCCGACUCCACACUCCGGAUUUGGGACCCCGAACACGGCCACUGCAAGAGCAUGCUAAGCGCACACACUGGGGCGAUCACAUGUUUCCAACAUGACGGACAAAAGGUCAUUUCUGGAUCAGAUCGCACUUUGAAGAUGUGGGAUGUCGGCAAUGGUGCUUGCGUUCGAGAUCUUCUGACCGAUCUAAGCGGUGUUUGGCAAGUCAAAUUCAACGACCGACGAUGUGUUGCUGCUGUUCAACGUGAUAGCCUGACCUACAUCGAGGUUCUUGACUUCGGUGCUUCUCGAGAUGGCGUGCCCGAGAACAAACUCGGCAAGCGGGUAGCGGUGAACCGCCGCGGACGAGAAAUUGCCCCCACCAGCAUCGACUCCGACUCCGAAUCGGACUGA